GACGCGCGGGGCGGCCAUGGCCCCGUCCCUGGCGUCGGGCCGGGACCGCACGGGCCGGGAGGACGAGGACAGCUGCGGGGAGGCGCGUGGGGACCGCAAGGCCCGGAAGCCGCUGGUGGAGAAGAAGCGGCGCGCUCGGAUCAACGAGAGUCUGCAGGAACUGCGGCUGCUGCUGGCGGGUGCCGAGGUGCAGGCCAAGCUGGAGAACGCCGAGGUGCUGGAGCUGACAGUGCGCCGCGUGCAGGGCGCGCUGCGGGGCCGGGCGCGCGAGUGCGAGCAGCUGCAGGCAGAAGCCAGCGAGCGCUUCGCCGCCGGCUACAUCCAGUGCAUGCAUGAGGUGCACACCUUCGUGUCCACGUGCCAAGCCAUCGACGCCACCGUCGCCGCCGAGCUCCUGAACCACCUGCUGGAGUCCAUGCCACUGCGCGAGGGCAGCAGCUUUCGAGACCUACUGGGGGACGCCCUGGUCGCGCCGCCAGCAGCCCCUGGGUGCCUUGGCUGGCCCACAGGAGGCACACCUGGGUCCCCAUUGCCCAGCCCCCCAGGUGCCGGGGAUGACUUGGGUUCCGACAUGGAAGAGGCCCCCGAAGCACCUGCCGAGGGGCUGGACUUGGUGCCCGCGGCCUUGGGCAGCCUCACGACGGCCCGGAGAUCCCAGAGUGUCUGGAGGCCUUGGUGAUCAAAGCCAGCCCUGAUCCGGCUGGGCCCGGGGGCGGGGAGGGCAGUAGUCAGCUCUGGUUGGAUGGCUGGUGGGGCAGCCCAGCCAGGCUCCAGCCUGAUUUUGGUGGGGAGGGUUCCCCACCCCGAGCUUCACCUUUGCCAGGGGUCUCUUGUGCAGGGAUAACCCCCAGUGGGGUGGAGCCUCUCCUGGGGGCUGGGCACCCGUGCCAGGCAGGGAGCACAGAGCCUGCUAGUCCUGGCCUGCACCUAAGCUUGCGUUUGUGGCCUUGGAGCCAAGGGCUGACAGUGGUGUCCCUCAGAACUGCGGGAAAGGGCUGAGGUUUUCCGGAGGCCUGGCUGGCGGCACAUCGGCUGUGUGUUCCAUUGUGUUAAAUAAAGGUAUGCAGGAAGG